CUCACAGGGACCGGCCAGGCUGGGGCCGCCAUGGCAGCAGUGCUGGUCUGGACUCCUCUCCUUGUGGGUCUCCUGGCAGGGCUGGCAGACACUGAGGACCAGGUGACCACCCUCCACCCACUCGUGGGUCGCGUCUUUGUGCAUACCUUGCACCAUGCCACCUUCCUGAAUCUCCCAGAGCCUGUGGCUGUCCCACUGUCCGUCCCCAUCACCUAUCAUGCCCACCUCCAGGGACAUCCAGACCUGCCCCGGUGGCUCCGCUAUACCCAGCGUAGCCCUCACCACCCUGGCUUCCUCUAUGGAACCGCCACCCCUGAAGAUCGUGGCCGCCAAGUCAUUGAGGUCAUUGCCUACAAUCGAGACAGCUUUGAGACCACCCGGCAGAGACUGGUGCUGCUGAUUGGGGACCCAGAAGGUCCCCUGUUGCCAUACCAGGCUGAGUUCUUAGUGCAGAGCCACGAUGUGGAGGAAGUGUUGCCGUCCACACCUGCCAGCCGCUUCCUCACAGCCUUGGGCGGGCUCUGGGAGCCAGGGGAGCUUCAGCUGAUCAACAUCACCUCUGCCUUGGACCGUGGAGGCCGUGUCCCCCUUCCCAUCGAGGGCCGCAAGGAAGGGGUGUAUAUCAAGGUGGGCUCUGCUUCGCCCUUCUCAACCUGCCUGAAGAUGGUGGCAUUCCCUGACAGCCACGCCCGCUGUGCCCAGGGCCAGCCUCCACUUCUGUCCUGCUAUGACACCUUGGCACCCCACUUCCGUGUUGCCUGGUGUAACGUGACCCUGGUGGACAAGUCAGUGCCACAGCCCGUGGAUGAGAUGCCCACCCCAGGCGACGGGAUCCUGGAGCAUGACCCGUUCUUCUGCCCACCCACUGAGGCCACCGCCCGGGACUUCCUGACUGACGCACUGGUCACCCUCCUGGUGCCUCUGCUGGUGGCCCUGUUGUUCACCCUGCUGCUGGCCUAUGUCAUGUGCUGCCGACGGGAGGGACGAUUGAAGAGAGACCUGGCCACCUCUGACAUCCAGAUGGUUCACCAUGACACCAUCCGUGGGAACACAGAGGAGCUGCGGCACAUGGCAGCCAACCGCGAGGUGUCCCGGCCACUCUCCACCCUGCCUAUGUUCAACGUGCGCACGGGUGAGCGGCUGCCUCCCCGUGUGGAUAGCGCCCAGGUGCCCCUCAUCCUGGACCAGCACUGAGGACCCAGCCAGGUGGGUCCAG